AUGGAUCAACUAGUUUAUGAAAUCACUCACAAAGUUGUGAACAACACUAUUACAUCUGACCUUCAAACGCACUGGAUCCGGUACCACAGUCCAUCUAUUGAUCAUCCAUUUGGUUUAGAACUAUGGCCAAUACUUUCAAAAACAUUUGAAGGCAUUGUUGGGUACCCAGCUGAAAAUUUCGACUUCGUCCGCCAUGAAACGUUCAUGGCAACAGGCUAUCAUGCUAUUGCUGUCGUCAUCUUUUAUUACAUUUUUAUUUUGGGGGGUCAAGUAAUAUUAAGAAAGUUGAACGUUAUUCACUUCAGGCUAAACUUUUUUUUCCAACUUCACAAUCUACUUCUAACCACUCUAUCCUACAUUCUUUUACUUCUAAUGAUGGAGCAACUAAUUCCUAUGGUCUACUAUAAUGGAUUAUUCUCGUCUAUUUGUUCCAAAAAUGCCUUCACCCCAAAAUUGAUUACUUUAUACUAUCUGAAUUACAUUACUAAAUUUGUUGAAUUGAUUGAUACAAUUUUCUUGAUGCUAAAGCGAAAGAAGCUGCAAUUUUUGCACCUAUAUCAUCAUGGCGUUACUCCUUUGCUAUGCUACACACAAUUAGUUGGUCACAUUUCUGUUGAGUGGGUCGUUAUUGUUUUGAAUUUAGCUAUUCACGUUUUUAUGUAUUGGUAUUACUUCUUGAAUUCAUGUGGAUUCAAAGUUUGGUGGAAGAAAUGGCUGACUAGAUUUCAGAUUAUUCAAUUCAUGAUUGAUUUAUCUUUUGGAUAUUUCGCUACUUACAAUGGUUUUGUUGCGGUAUAUCUGGCUGAUCUCUUGCCCUACAAAGGUUCUUGUUAUGGUACUGGGAUGGCUGCCAUAUAUGGUAACUCAAUAUUAACGUCCUAUCUAUUUUUGUUUAUUUCAUUCUACAUGUCUACUUACAAUAUGCGUGAUAAAAAGGCUCGCGGCAAUAGCCUCGUUGCCAAUGUCGCUUCCUCAAAAUUCAUCGAAAGUACAGCCGGAGUUUGUUAA